UCCAACAAUUUGUAUCUUAAUCCCAAAAAUGUAGCUCCCAUGACUUGUCUUUCCGUCAUCGUUAGUAGUUUUCCUCAUACUUUAACGGGUGUUAAACUUCCGGGACGCCGAGUCAGCUGGCUCUCACCUGAUCUGAUCUAAGAGAUUUCCUUCUCUCCACCAUGACUGCUGCUGUCAGAGGUUCUGCCUCUGUGCCUAUCCGAGGCGCUGGCGAUGGCAUGGAAACUGAAAAACCGCCUCUCAUCCUGGAGAUAAACACAGAUACACUGCCUCCAGGUCCGCCUGCACCUCCUCUCCUUAAGGUGGCAAGCCCAAAACACAGCCCCAAAUCUACCCAUCCUGCCCCCCCUGCUGCCCCCCAGCCUCUCGGGGUGCUCCACCUGGGCAAGGUGAGUCGGGAGGCCUGCAUAGAGGUGGAGGCUGUAAGGAUCGUCGUCCCACGUGCUGCUAUUAGCCGGAGUAGUCGAACAGGAGCCGCCGAGGGGAAGGGGGAGGCUGGGCAGCAGACUGAGGAGCAGGGCUCUCCCCCGCUGCCUCUGGUGGAGGACUGGAGAGGACAGCUGGAGAAGCUGCAGAACUCUGAACGCAGGCUGCUGCAGGACAAGGAGGGACUCUGCAAUCAGCUGCGUGUGCAGACAGAGGUGAACCGUGAGCUAAAGAAACUGCUGGUGGCGUCGGUGGGCGAUGACCUCCAGUACCACUUUGAGCGUCUGUCACGGGAGAAGAACCAGCUGAUUCUGGAGAAUGAGGCUCUAGGCCGGAGUCUGGCACACACCGCAGAGCAGCUGGAGCGGAUGAGUAUCCAGUGUGACGUUUGGAGGAGCAAGUUCCUCGCCAGCAGAGUCAUGGCAGAGGAGCUGACGAAUGCCAGAGCAGCUCUGCAGAGACAGACCAGAGAGGCACAAGGAGCCAUUCAGGACCUGCUGUUAGAGAGAGAGGAGUUCUCCAGAGACAUGGUGCUCACUCACAGAUCUCUGGAGCAGCUCCUGGUGUCUCUGCAGUGGGGCCGACAGCAGACGUACUACCCCAGUGCACAGCCCCUCAGCACAGGAGAGCUGGCAGCAGCCAAUCACAAACUGGCGGACGCCAUCAACUCCCACCUGCUGGGAAACACAACCAGCAGCAGCGGCAGCGGCAGUGUUGUGAAGAGCAGCAGCGCAACAGCUGAGCAGCUCUGCAGCACUCCGGCUGAGAAAAUGGCUGAGAAGGUGCUGAAGAUUUUAGAUCCAAUCUCCUGUUCAGAAAGCAAGGCAGAUCCUCCGCUCAGUGACUCCAGCCCCUCAAAUUUUCUCAGCAAUAAGAAGAGCAUCGGCAGAUUUCACCCGUACACCCGCUACGAGAACAUUACUUUUAACUGCUGCGAGCGCUGCAGUGGAGACAUCCUGGUGCUCUAGAGAGGUCAUAGUGCGACAAAGUGUCGCCAUCUGACUCCGACGCUGCAUCAGAGCGUGUUUUAUAUGACUGAGACUGGAACAGAACUGCUCUCUGGAGAAUUGCUGCUCUGUGUUGUGAUUUCUUCAGUCUACAUCAAAAGUCAGCUGCUCUAGAAGACUGUUUCGGUUAUGUGGUACUCAUUUUAGUGCAUUUCCAAAGUUUCAGAUGCUUUUUAUUUUAUCAUCCUGCUGAUUAUUUUUGCUCUCUUUAACUUGAAAAAGAAAUAUGAAAAAGGAGUUGCUCCUUCAGGGUUUAUGAUGUGAAAGUGGUGAAAACAGAGUGCAUUUCAGAGUCUGGUUUAAAAUAGAGAAAGUGUUAUUUAUUGCCGAUGUGUGAGGUAGAAAUGAGUCAGUGUUACACGUUGAACAGACACUGUUGGUGUGUCUGCUGAUCAAACUCAAACAUUAGGCUAGUUAUUUAAGUAAUAAUAACAUGGUGAACCUAUAAUAUGUCAAUGUGCAAAUAAUGGAGCAAACAGGCUGCAAUGUGUGUGUGUGUGUGUGUGUUCACCUGAGGCUCGAAGGGGCAGCCUGUUGUGGAAACACCCUCCAGGAAGUUAAACAAUUGAAAAUGAACUAUUUACCCAAAACAGUAACAAAAAAGUGAUGAUGUGUCUUUUACUGCAGGGGUCUCCCCAGUUUCUCAAUAUGAUGGUGCUAUUAAUUUUUAAAAAAAAUGUAUUAAUAGUUUGUAUAAUGCAUGCUGAAAAGGCUGUUAUACAUUCAAUAUUUAUAAGCGGUGGGACUGUAAAAAACUAUAUUAUGGUGCCGCAGUUCAACCACACGUCCAGUUAUUUGCAAAGAUUUUGACUUUUGUGGUCGUACAAAGAAAGUUUUUCAUUUGUCUUAAUAUUUUACUAUAAGAUUUCGAAUUAUUAUGUUUGAUUUUGUUUCAAUGAGUCAUGUUAGCUUCAUUCUUUGUAAGUAAUGAUUUAAAAAAAAAAAGAUUUUUUUUGCCUCAGAGUACACUACUAUGAAAUGACAAGUAAUAUAUUGUACAUGUACGGAGCUAGAACAGCGAUGGCAAGUUUUGGCAUCAAAAGUAAAAUGUACUGUUGAAAAAGGACAUGUUGGUGAUGGAAAAAAAAUUGAAAAUUAAAAUGCAGGCAUUAAAAAUGAUUAUUUUAUGUAAUAGUAAUUUUAU